CAGAAUAAAAAAAAGGAUUUUUUAAAAUAACUUUGAUAUAAAAAAAUGCCGCCAAAAGCAAAAAAAUAAUCAUAAGGAGGUAAAAAAAGAGACGAAUUUGAAGAAGAAGAAGAAGCAUAAGAAUAACUAAAAAAGCAAUAAUAGAAGUAAAAUGAUAAUAUUGAAGAGGAUAAUAAAAAGAAAUUAUAAAAACCAUAAUCAAAUAAAAAAUAAGAAGUUGAUUCAGAAAUUGAAGAAGACUAAAAAAAAAAACUAGCUCAAAAAUAAUAAGUAAAGAAAAAAUAAUAAAGUGAUUAAUCUGAUAAUGAAGAGGAUUAAAAGAAAAAAUAAUAGCAAAAUUUAAAUAGAUAAAAAAAAAAUUAAGAUUAUAAUUCUGAAGAUGAGGAAGAUUAAAAGAAAAAACCAACCUAAAAAUAAAUCGAGAAGAAAAAAAAACAAGAUGAUGAUUCUGAAGAAGAGAAUUAAAAGAAAAAAACUGUAUAAAAAGGAAAGAAAAAAUAAUAAGAUAGUUCUGAUAAUGAAGAAGAUUAAAAGAAAAAAGCAGGUUAAAAAUAACAAGCGAAGAAAAAAUAAUAGGAUGAUGAUUCUGAAGAAGAAAAGGAUUUAAAAAAAAAAGCAGGUUAAAAAUAAUAAGCUAAAAAAAAAUAAUAGGAUGAUGAUUCAGAGGACGAAUAAGAUUAAAAGAAAAAAGCAGGUUAAAAAUAACAAAUGAAGAAAAAAAUAUAGGAUGAUGAUUCUGAAGAAGAAAAGGAUUUAAAAAAAAAAGCAGGUUAAAAAUAAUAAACUAAGAAAAAAUAAUAGAAUGAUGAUUCUGAAGAAGAAAAAGAUUAAAAGAAAAAAGCAGGUUAGAAAUAAUAAGCUAAGAAAAAAUAAUAGGAUGAUGAUUCAGAAGAAGAAAAAGAUUUAAAGAAAAAAAUAGGUUAAAAAUAAUAAACUAAGAAAAAAUAAUAGGAUGAUGAUUCAGAAGAAGAAUAAGAUUAAAAGAAAAAAGCAGGUUAAAAAUAACAAAUGAAGAAAAAAUAAUAGGAUGAUGAUUCUGAAGAUGAUGACAAUUAAAAAAAAUAAUAAAAGAAAAAAUAAACUAUUAAAAAAAAACAUAAUGAUGAAUCAGAUGAGGAUCAAUAAGAAGGAUAAGCUUAAAAAAAAGAUUAAAAAAAUAAAUUUUAAUAAAAAUAAUUAGUUUAAAAAAAGAAAAAACACGACGAUUCCGAUGAAGAGGAAGAUGAUGAAUAAAUAAAGAAGAAAUAAAAAGAUUAAUUAAAGAAAUAAGAAGAAGAUGAAGAAGAAGAAGAUUUUUCAAAAAAAAAGGGUUAAAAAUAAGCUCCUAAAAAAUAAUAGGAAUAAAAGCAAGACUUCCCUAAAAAAUAAUAAUAAGAAGAAAUUUUUUAGAAAAAGUAGAAAAAGAUUAAGAUUAAAAGAAGAUUAGGAUGA